CAACCCUUUUUUAAAUAAGGGGUUCAUCCAGUUAAAAAUAAGGGACACUUGUAGAUCAGGUGUUUCUCUUUGGAAUUGUAGUGCUGCUUCCUUAUGCAGGAAUAAGUGAAAAUAUAUACUGGUUAAGUUUUUUUUUAAUGCUAAGGGCCAAUUUUUAAAACUUAAUACAGGAACAGAUAUUAGUUAUUGUGCAUCUCUUCUGAAAUGUGAUGUUUUCCCCCUUCCUCUGCAGAUUCUGAAAAUGCACAUUUGUCCUAGCCUGACAGGACCAUUUCCCUUUAACAAGAAGCAUGAAAAUGUGGUUCUUAGUUUGCCUGGCAUAGCUCUGUGCUGUAGAACAGUCAUAAAUAACACAGCUCUCAAUGGAAAAUGAAAGAAAAGAGAUAUUUGAAGAAGGGUUUUCUGGUGGGACCAAGAUUGCCUUGCUUGCUACUUCUUAAUUCCGAUGGUUAUUCUACAUGGCCGUUUUUAGAACACAGUGGUUAUGUGGUGGAGUCACCACAAACCUGACUUUGGCGUGGCGUCUUGGGGAGUUCUUUGGUAGAUGAGUGCUGAGAUUGUAGAUCCUCACAUCCCAAUUCCAUCUGCCUUUUGGAAAGCUUCUCAGGUUCUUAACCUGGAAAGAAGACGGUUGCCUCUGUACAGUAGAAGCUAAAUCUUGUGUAUGGCGUGGUUAAGGUUGCAACCUGCCAGCUCAGCCUUCCUCCGUUUUGGGCUCAUUACUUUUGUCCUUUUUUUACAUGGUCUGCAGGUGGACGCUGGCACGGGGGCAGAUCCAGCCAGCCUAGGACAAAACACUUCAUGCUCAGGUUCCUCGGUGUGCAAGGAGGGUGUUAUCUUGCCAAUAUGGUACCCAGAAAACCCAUCUCUGGGGGACAAAAUUGCGAGGGUUAUUGUUUACUUUGUGGCACUGAUCUAUAUGUUCCUCGGGGUCUCCAUCAUUGCCGAUCGCUUCAUGGCGUCCAUAGAGGUCAUUACUUCGCAAGAGAAAGAGGUUACCAUCAGGAAACCCAAUGGAGAAACCACCACCACCACCAUCCGCGUUUGGAAUGAAACUGUUUCCAAUUUGACCCUCAUGGCUCUUGGUUCCUCUGCUCCUGAGAUCCUCCUGUCAUUGAUAGAGGUCUGUGGCCAUGGAUUCAUUGCUGGCGAUCUGGGACCUUCAACCAUAGUUGGCAGUGCAGCUUUCAAUAUGUUCAUUAUCAUAGCCAUCUGUGUCUAUGUCAUUCCUGAUGGCGAGGUGAGGAAGAUAAAGCAUUUGAGGGUCUUCUUUGUCACUGCGGCUUGGAGCAUCUUCGCCUAUAUUUGGUUGUACAUGAUCCUUGCGGUUUUCUCUCCAGGCGUGGUCCAGGUAUGGGAAGGCCUCCUCACUCUGUUCUUCUUCCCCGUUUGUGUCGUCCUGGCUUGGAUAGCAGACAGAAGGCUGUUCUUCUACAAGUAUAUGCACAAAAAGUACCGUACUGACAAGCACAGAGGUAUUAUAAUUGAGACUGAGGGGGAGCAUCCCAAAGGGAUCGAAAUGGACGGUAAGAUGAUGAACUCUCACUUUAUAGAUGGAAACCUAGUGCCUAUGGAGGGGAAAGAGGUGGACGAGUCUCGCAAAGAGAUGAUCCGGAUUCUCAAGGAUCUGAAGCAAAAACACCCAGAGAAAGACUUAGACCAGCUGGUGGAAAUGGCCAAUUACUAUGCCUUAACUCAUCAGCAAAAGAGCAGAGCAUUCUAUCGGAUUCAGGCCACCAGGAUGAUGACUGGAGCAGGAAAUAUCCUUAAAAAGCAUGCAGCUGAGCAAGCCAAGAGGAGUGCUAGCUUGCAUGAGCUGCGUCCAGAGGAACCAGAGGACUUUAUCUCAAAAAUUUGUUUUGAUCCUUGCUCCUACCAGUGUCUGGAGAACUGUGGUGCUGUCCUCCUAACUGUCGUUCGGAAAGGAGGAGACGUAUCCAAGACAAUCUAUGUGGACUAUAAAACGGAGGAUGGCUCUGCCAAUGCGGGGGCUGACUAUGAGUUUACAGAAGGGACGGUUGUCUUGAAGUCAGGGGAGACCCAGAAAGAGUUCUCUAUAGGGAUCAUUGAUGAUGACAUCUUUGAGGAAGAUGAGCAUUUCUUCGUGCGCCUCAGCAACCUGCGGGUGGUUGAGACAGAUGAUCCUCCUCCGGAGUUCAAUAACGUGCCAUAUCCCAAGGCCAUGCUGGCCUCUCCUUAUGUGGCUACUGUGACUAUCUUAGAUGAUGACCAUGCGGGCAUCUUCACCUUUGAGUGUGAUGUGAUCCAUGUCAGUGAGAGCAUUGGGGUAAUGGAGGUGAAAGUCCUUAGGACGUCUGGUGCCCGAGGUACAGUCAUAGUCCCUUUUAGAACAGUAGAAGGAACAGCAAAAGGAGGCGGAGAGGACUUUGAAGAUGCUUAUGGGGAGCUGGAGUUCAAGAACGAUGAAACUGUCAAAACUAUUCACAUCAAGGUAAUUGAUGAUGAGGAGUAUGAGAAAAACAAGACUUUCUUCAUUGAGCUGAUGGGCCCACGCAUGGUGGAUAUGAGUUUACAGAAAGCACUCCUCUUGACACAAGAAGUGGCAGAAAGGAAGCUGACAAUGGAAGAGGAGGAAGCCAAGCGUAUUGCAGAGAUGGGGAAGCCAAUACUUGGCGAGCAUCCUAAGCUGGAGGUCAUCAUUGAAGAGUCCUAUGAAUUCAAGAGUACCGUGGACAAGCUCAUCAAGAAGACAAACCUGGCCUUGGUUGUAGGAACGCAUUCGUGGCGGGACCAGUUCCUGGAAGCCAUUACUGUCAGCGCAGCUGGCGAUGAGGACGAGGAUGAGUCUGGCGAAGAGCGCCUGCCGUCCUGCUUUGACUAUGUCAUGCACUUCCUGACGGUCUUCUGGAAGGUGCUCUUUGCCUGUGUCCCGCCCACCGAGUACUGCAACGGCUGGGCUUGCUUCGUCGUGUCCAUCUUGAUCAUCGGCAUGCUCACCGCCGUCAUUGGAGAUUUGGCUUCUCAUUUUGGCUGCACCAUUGGCCUCAAGGAUUCAGUGACUGCUGUUGUCUUUGUGGCCUUUGGGACUUCAGUUCCAGACACUUUUGCUAGCAAAGCAGCCGCCGUCCAGGACGUGUAUGCAGAUGCUUCCAUUGGCAAUGUCACGGGCAGCAAUGCCGUCAACGUCUUCUUGGGCAUUGGACUGGCGUGGUCGGUGGCCGCCAUCUACUGGGCUUACCAGGGAGAGGAGUUCCACGUGUCAGCAGGCACCCUCGCCUUCUCUGUGACGCUGUUCACCAUCUUCGCUUUCGUCUGCGUCAGUGUCCUGCUGUACCGGAGGCGGCCUCACCUCGGAGGGGAACUGGGGGGCCCCAGAGGGUGCAGACUUGCCACAACUUUGCUCUUUGUGAGCUUGUGGCUCCUGUACAUUUUGUUUGCCACCCUGGAGGCCUAUUGCUACAUCAAAGGGUUCUAAGCCACGGAGCUGGAAGAAGGGAGGGCUUUCCCCCUCCUUCGUUACCUCAUUGGAUGCCAGUCCUCAAAGCAUUGUCAAACCAGGACUGACAGCUAUCAAUCAAGAUUCCAUAACGGCCCAUACUGAAGGACAACUGGGCUUUAAGAAGGGCAAAACUAUCCUCACACAAGGAGGGGGGGGGAACCCCUGACAAUUAAAAUCAAGCCAACCAUGUCAACCCAGCCGCUGAUCCCAUCCAGUCAAAUCAGAAAUGCCAGCAGCUUCUCAAAGUACCUAUUUGUUCAAACGUUGCUGCUGACCUCAACUUUAUUCCUUCCUCCGCCUUACCAAAUGUCACAUAUUCAGAUGGAAAGCCUAUAUUUUGGGUGGGUAUUUGGGUGUUUUUUAAAAAACAACAACUGGGGGUGGCAAAUCUUACUUGAUCUAUUUUUUUCCUUUUUUAGCACUCAGCCAGGACCUGAAAAUGGUCAACACAUCCAAACCUCACACCAGUGUCAGUACUGGAGAUGAAAAUGCUUUUCUUUUUCCUCCUCCUUCUUCUUCUUCUUCUUCUUUUUACAUUGCAUAAACAAUCUCUAUGAAAAAGCUCGCUCUUUUCACUUUCUUUUAGAGUUACAGUGCUAGCCUGUUGCAUUUGAAAUGCAAACACACAGAGACACACAGACAGACACGUUCAGGAAAUAUACCAUUGAAGGCUGGAGAAUGUCACCUGCCUGGGCUACCAAAAAGAAAGAAAGGACAACCUGUAACAUUAUUGUAUGUAACUUGUAUAUUUUGAAUAUGGAAAUUCUCUUUGUGUAAUUAACUUAAAGCUUUUGGCACUGCAGAGAACUAUAUAUAGUCAUUUUUGAAAGAUAAAUAAACCAACACAAGGGCAGAAGGGUGGGAGCCUGCAGUGUGGAAAACAGGAGUAAGGAAAAACAGCACAAGUUAUUUUCCCCUCUCUAUUUUUUUCCAUUUUUUGAUCACAAUAGACUGUUUGUUCUAUUUAUGGAAGAAAAGAAAGAAUAUUUCUUUUUCUAAAGAAAAAAUGUAAAUAAUUUGCAUUUUCUCACACUUGUUGGUGCAUAUGAAAAGAAAUCUUCGAGGUCUUAAGAUGCCGCUCGAAGUCUUCCAAGCAUAUUCUUCAUGGGUUGGCUUUGUUCUUAUAAAAACAUUACAGGAGGAGGAAAGAAAUUCUGGUGGUCCCUCGUGGCUAGCAGUGCCAGGUGGUUGCUUCAUGGAUGGUGAUCUCCCGGCUGCUUUAACAUCCCAUUUGUAAACGGAAGCACUCAAACACUGCAUUUUGAUGUAAUACUAGACUAUGGUUUCAUGUUACAUGAACAAGCCUCAGGCAUGU